AUGGCUCUACCAGCACUGAAAUCCAUCGUUCUAAGGAACAUUCUCAUACGCGCCCUCUCCUUCGCUGUUCUCAUAUUCGCCGUUCGUUUCGCAUACCUUGUGACUGUCAAAGGCGGCUCGUGCUACUCCGUCGACUUCUGCUUCCUUCGCGUCCCCGGACGGGUCUUCUCUCCUUCCUCAUCCUCGUCCCACACUCUCAUGGAAUCAGCGAGGAAAUCAAGAAAACUUUUCGAUUACUUCUCGACCGUAUUUCAAGACCUAAUCGCCGAGGGAUACCUCUCGCCGGACGCGAAAACUCUGUGUAUCGACACAAGAAACGGAGAAGACAUCCUUGCCUUGCGAGAAAUCGGCGUCUCGGAUGCAAUAGGGAUAUCCAGAGAGGACUCCCCGCCUUUAAUUCUGUCCGGCGAGGCUCAUCAGCAACCGUUCGAUGACAAUUCGUUCGAUUUCGUGUUUUCCGGCAACGGAGGCAUGGACCAGACAAUCCACCCCGUUGAGUUAGGGUCUGAGAUAGGGCGGACUCUGAAACCGGGCGGAUUCUUAGUGGUUCACACAAAGGCUAAAGAUCUGUAUAGCCUACACUCUUUACUUGAUUUAUUCAACUGUUGCAAGCUGAUCAAGGAACGCGAAAUCGAUGGCCCUGAUAGGACGACGAUCCGCGAAAUUGUGAUGAGGAAAGAAAUGGAUGGAGUUAGUCUUAAACAGAGAUACUCAAAAUCUGGCAAUGGCGAUUCAGGUAACAAAUGCUGUGUUCCCUCGUAUAAACGCAAAAUAAUCCGUCAAGCAGAGCCGCUGAUCAAGCGAGAACCACGUAUUACAAUUAGGAGGAACAUAAAGAACAUUAAGUACCUUCCUUCAAUGGUGGAUAUCAGCUUCAAGAGGAAGUAUAUUUACAUAGAUGUUGGAGCUAGGAGUUAUAGUUCAAGCAUAGGCAGCUGGUUCAAGGAACAGUAUCCAAGACAGAACAAAACCUUCGAAAUCUACGCCAUAGAAGGUGACAAAGCUUUUCAAGAAGAGUACGAGGCGAAGAAAGGGAUUACUCUGUUGCCAUACACUGCGUGGGUGAGAAACGAGACCCUGUUUUUCGAGAUCACCAGAAACGCGAGAAGGCAAAACAGGGAGGGAGAGAAGAAGGAGAGGAUACAAAAGGUGGAGUCAUCGAUGAGUUUCAUUUCUGAAACAGAGAAGAUAGAAGGAUUUGAUUUUGCAAAAUGGUUGAAGAGUUGUUUUUCAGCAAAAGAUUUCGUGGUGGUGAAGAUGGAUGUGGAAGGGAUAGAGUUUCAGUUGAUUGAGAGCAUGAUGGAGACAGGAGCAAUUUGUUUGGUGGACGAAUUAAUCUUGGAGUGCCAUUACAGCGGGUUGCUUGGGAGCAACAAGUUUGGAAAGGCGUAUGCUCAGUGCUUGAAGCUUUUUAAGUCUGUAAGAAAGAGUGGAGUUCUUGUGCAUCAAUGGUGGUGA